CUUUUUCUUUUUUUCUCCUGAACUCCACCCGUUCAAUCGUACAUUCGUUUUUGAACAUCUUUACUUAUUCUGUACUCUCCGGUUUUCCCUCUUUUCAUAUACGAGCAGCCCAUUCCCACGAUGCUCGUUGCUCCCCUACCUGAACCCUCGACCUGACUUCCGCCUACCCGUCGCACCACUUGCGCCGCAGUGCGCGCUCUUCCUCCCCUCAACCCAAUACAAACAGCAUGACCUCUUUUCCCCUCUGAACCGCCCUGGGUUGCAUGUGGCAAUGUCAACUGCCUCAUUCCAACAGUUCAAUCACACCCCCGCGCCACCUUCCGGCCUGGACAUCCUCGCCGAGAGCUCGGAAUAUGCGCUUGGGAAGUCCUCCAGGAACCCGUCGUUCUCCGGGAAUAACGAGCACAACGUCAAUGGUGCGUCUGGUACUGGGGAUUUGUCACAGCGAGAUCACCUCGUUGAUGGUGUGAGUCGUAAAAGACCUUCUAUGGAGUCAGCCUCGGCUCCUGUGAGAAAGAGGAUUAGUAGGGCGUGCGAUCAAUGUAAUCAGUUGAGGACGAAAUGCGACGGGAAGAAUCCGUGUGCGCAUUGCGUUGAAUUUGGCUUUGCGUGCGAGUAUGCUCGAGCGCGCAAGAAACGUGGGAAGGCGUCCAAGAAAGAUCUUGCUGUGGCUGCGGCUGUGGCCACCGCGGGAGCUACGAAUCCAUCGUCAGAUCGCGAUACGGAUACGGAUAGAGUGAAUAAUGGUAUUAUGGCGAAGGAACAUAAUUCUCAGGAUGAGUUUUCGUCGCGAGAGACUACGACAACGUUUGAUGCUGCUCGGAGCGCGAACAUACCGGCAAAGUCGCAUUUACAAUCUUCGGAGAUGUCGGGCAUGGUUGGGAUGCAGAAUUCGAACCCAGUUCAACAAGGUGCCCAGUCCCAGCAAGCACACUUGGGAGCUGCUGUGGAUGGGUUACAGGGUACCCUGAAUGAUUCGAGUCGGCCUAUGUCCGUCUCUGAUCUCAGGCCGUUACAGAUGCUACAUCAUUCGAACACGAACCCCCGCUCGCCGUCGACAAACAUGUUGCCACCGAAUGGCUUCAGUGAUCCAGAGAGUACAUACCCGCUGAUGAACCCGCAAGAACCGAACCCAUCGACUCUCAAUCAUUUCCGUCUCACCGGCCCAACAGAGAACCAAUCAGCACCAUUUAUGGGGCUUUCUACUGCUCCAUCACCUGGUUGGCUACCUCUUCCUCCGCCGUCUCCCGCCAAUUUCCCAUCGUUCAGUAUGCAUCCGUUCCCUAAUUCAUUACGAUACCCGGUGUUACAACCAGUAUUGCCUCAUAUAGCAUCUAUAAUACCUCAAUCGCUAGCUUGUGACCUUAUGGAUGUUUAUUUCACCAGCUCUUCCUCCUCUCAUAUUUCGCCCCAAUCGCCGUAUGUGGUUGGAUAUGUCUUCCGCAAACAAUCGUUCCUUCAUCCGACAAAACCGCGAGUGUGCAGCCCUGCCCUCUUAGCUAGCAUGCUCUGGGUAGCCGCGCAGACGAGCGACGCUGCUUUUUUGACAUCACCCCCUUCAGCACGAGGGAGGAUCUGCCAGAAGCUGCUUGAGCUUACCGUUGGAUUGCUACGACCGUUAAUACACGGUCCUGCGGCGGGGGAGACGUCUCCUAACUAUGCUGCCAACAUGGUCAUCAAUGGUGUUGCUCUAGGCGGGUUUGGCGUCUCGAUGGAUCAAUUGGGUGCACAGAGUAGUGCAACAGGUGCCGUGGAUGAUGUCGCAACUUAUGUACAUCUUGCCACCGUUGUUUCUGCGAGUGAAUACAAAGCAGCUAGUAUGCGAUGGUGGACUGCAGCUUGGGCGUUGGCGCGAGAGCUGAGACUCGGUCGUGAGUUGCCACCUAAUGGUCCUAACUCACGGCAGGACGGAGAGGGGCGAGAUGGUAAUCUGGCAGAAAAUUCCCAGCAACAGCCGCCCCUGGUUACGUCGAUGGUGAACGCGGUGGAUAUCACGGAAGAAGAGCGAGAAGAACGUCGACGGAUUUGGUGGUUGUUGUAUGCAACUGAUCGCCAUUUAGCCCUCUGCUAUAAUCGUCCGCUGACUCUGCUCGACACGGAAUGUUCAAGGCUACUCCAGCCGAUGAACGAUGACCUCUGGCAGGCGGGAGAUUUCACAAAUGACGCCUACCGUACGCCAGGACCGCCAUUGGAGUGUACCGGUCACAGCAUGUUCGGCUAUUUCCUGCCUUUGAUGACUAUACUGGGCGAAAUAGUCGACUUGCAGCACGCCAGGAAUCAUCCGCGAUUUGGACCAACAUUCCGCAACAGCAACGAAUGCAAUGCCCAAAUACUAGAGAUCACCCGUCAGCUUGACGGAUACAGCUGCAGUCUGAAAGAAUUCGAAGCGCGCUAUACCAGCAAUCUAGUCCUAGGGACAGAAUCAGAACCCACAGCAGUUGACGGUACGCAUCUUGACCACGUCAGUCCAUCCGGCCGAUCGAGCAGCAGCGCUGUUGGAACACGAAUUAGCGAGUCUAUAGUGCACACGAAGACAGUCGUCGCAUACGGUACACACAUAAUGCACGUCCUCCACAUCUUAUUAGCGGGUAAAUGGGAUCCUGUCAAUCUGCUGGACGACAAUGAUCUCUGGAUUUCGUCCGAUUCAUUCAUCUCGGCCCUUGGCCAUGCCGUAAGCGGCGCAGAGGCCGUGGCGGAUAUCCUCGAAUAUGACCCUGAUCUAAGCUUCAUGCCAUUCUUUUUUGGAAUAUAUCUGCUACAGGGCAGCUUUUUGUUGCUGUUGACGGCGGAUAAAUUACAGGGAGAUGCUAGCGCUAGCGUUGUAAGGGCUUGCGAGAUUAUUGUCCGCGCGCAUGAGGCUUGCGUUGUGACGUUGAAUACGGAGUAUCAGAGAAACUUCCGUAAGGUGAUGCGAUCGGCUCUAGCACAGGUUCGGGGACGGGUACCGGAGGAUUUUGGUGAACAGCAACAACGGAGGCGCGAUGUUUUGUCGCUUUAUCGCUGGUCUGGGGAUGGUGGGGGGCUAGCGUUGUGAUGUAGAAUUUCUCCAUCUCUGCUUCAAUUUUGUGUUUUCUUCUUCUUUCCUUGCUUUUCUAGAUACUGCGAUGUGAUACCACUGAUUUAGGGCAUGAAUUUGUCGGAUGGGAGUUUGGAGACGCACUUGACUGUACUUUAUAGCUUUGAUUGAAAUGCCUCCUGUAUAUAUAUGCACCUGUUACAUAAAUAUGUACCUGAGCUCUAGGGGUAACU